UCCCAGACUCCCAGGCAACCUCUCGCACCCACAGGACUCUCCUCUUGAAGCUCUCGCAGCGCAGCAGCAGCCAGCCAUGGACGUUAGCGGAGCUGGAGGCAGUGGGAAGGUGAAGAAGGGAGCGGCCGGGCGCAAGGCCGGCGGUCCCAGGAAGAAGUCGGUGUCGCGGUCCAUGAAGGCCGGGCUCCAGUUCCCCGUCGGCCGCAUCGGGCGCUACCUCAAGAAAGGCCGGUACGCGCAGCGCGUCGGCACCGGCGCCCCCGUCUACCUCGCAGCCGUCCUCGAGUACCUCGCCGCCGAGGUGCUGGAGCUCGCCGGUAACGCGGCGAGGGACAACAAGAAGACGCGCAUCAUCCCGCGGCACGUGCUCCUGGCGAUCCGCAAUGACGAGGAACUCGGGAAGCUGCUGGCCGGCGUCACCAUCGCCCACGGAGGUGUCCUUCCCAACAUCAACCCGGUGCUCCUGCCUAAGAAGGUGGCGGAGAAGGCGGCCGGCGCCGCCGCCAAGGAGGCCAAGUCGCCCAAGAAGGCAGCCAAGUCCCCGAAGAAGGCCUAGAGGGGCUCUCCAUUAGUGCUAUGCUAUCAAAUGUUCAUGUUUGGCAGAUCUGUAGAUGGGAUGGUUUCUGAACUUCUGAUGUAGGGUACUUGCUGUGAGUGAUCUGUGCAUUAUGUUGGAAGAAUUCAGAAAUCAGAGUUUGUUA